AUGGAGACCUAUAUUUAUCACACCUACCCUCACCGGUACAGGAAAGACAGCAGCCCAUGCACAGUUUGGCUGGAAGCAAAGUCUCUGCUGAAUACUAUCAAGCAGGAAGAGAUGAGCCCUGUUAGUGAUGUGAGUAUUGAUUCGGACAAGGCUCAUGGCUUCCUGACUCACUCACGACCAAAGCGCAAUGUGGAACCCAGGUGGUACAGAGGCAACCCCGACUUCCAGGCUUACUACCGCUACUACAAUAGCAUUGGACACACAGAGGGGCUGUAUGAGAUUGACCGGAUCAGGCUGCUGUACCAGCAGAUGAGGCAGCUGGAGCAUGUAUAUGGCCCCAACGCCUCACACUUCCAGAACAAAUUGGGAGUGCCCACCGUCAAGAAGUGCGACCCGGCCACGGACAAAAAAUGCAAAGCCCUACCCCCUCCCCCAAUAAAAAGCACCUCUCAACCCCCUCCUGCUCCUGCCAUCUCCCAGGCUGACGUCAUGUACCUGUGCAAUGCCAAGGACCCCCUCUGCAAGCCCCAUAUUGUCUACCUCCCCACCGGGGCAUUGCCCGUACUGUGCGACCCCCGCUACCACCCCUCCUGCAACCUCCACAAGCUCCCUCCUCCACCACCACCCCCAAUGCUUAAAAAAUCUGCCCCACAACUACCACCCCCCGCCCCAAAAAAGUCAUCUCCCCCUCCGGCCCCCAUCCACACCUACAAGGGCAUGGAGUAUGACUGCAAUCCCUACUGGGACCCAGACUGCCUGAUAGACCACCCACCUAGACCCUUCCAUGGCAAGGCUGGCCCACCCCCUCCUCCCGUUGAGGAGGAACCAGUUGAGGACGCACCACCCCCUGCAGCCAGCAACAAGAAAGUGGCCCAUCCCUAUCCCUACUAUGGCUACCACUAUAACUAUGGGCAUGAACUCUAUGAUCCAGUCCGCUUCCAGUACCCCUCCCCACCUUCUGAUUCCCCUGAUGAUAGUGGUAGUGACUAG